GAUAUAUUUGAUGUAUUCAUGGUUGGGGGCGGGCCGGUACAUAACCCGGAUGUAGAAGCCCACAUGCAGUCUGUCUUCUGCUCUUCUCCUCCGUCCUCUCCUCCAGUCUAACCGCUCCGUGUGGCGUGAGCUCGCAGCUUUUACCUCGCAGCAGAAAUGUUUCGUUUACCUACCGUCAUGAAGCAGGUGAGGCCCGUGUGCCGGGCGCUGGCUCCUCACCUCACCCGGGCGUACGCCAAGGACGUAAAGUUUGGGGCGGACGCUCGCGCCCUCAUGCUGCAGGGGGUGGACCUGCUGGCCGACGCCGUGGCCGUUACCAUGGGGCCAAAGGGUCGCACCGUCAUCAUCGAGCAGAGCUGGGGCAGUCCGAAGGUGACCAAGGACGGCGUGACGGUGGCUAAAAGCAUCGACCUGAAGGACAGAUACAAGAACAUCGGAGCCAAGCUGGUGCAGGACGUGGCCAACAACACCAACGAGGAGGCCGGCGACGGCACCACCACGGCCACGGUGCUGGCGCGGGCCAUCGCCAAGGAGGGCUUCGACAACAUCAGCAAAGGCGCCAAUCCCGUGGAGAUCCGCCGUGGUGUCAUGAUGGCCGUGGAGACGGUCAUCAAUGAGCUGAAGAACCUCUCUAAGCCCGUCACGACCCCCGAGGAGAUCGCACAGGUCGCUACCAUCUCUGCCAACGGCGACGUGGAAAUCGGGAACAUUAUUUCCAACGCCAUGAAGAGAGUCGGCCGCAAAGGCGUCAUCACCGUGAAGGACGGGAAGACGCUGCAGGACGAGCUGGAGAUCAUCGAGGGCAUGAAGUUCGACCGUGGUUACAUCUCUCCGUACUUCAUCAACACGGCUAAAGGCCAGAAGUGCGAGUUCCAGGACGCCUACCUGCUGCUGAGCGAGAAAAAGAUUUCUAGCGUCCAGAGCAUCGUGCCCGCCCUGGAGAUCGCCAACCAGCAUCGCAAACCUCUGGUGAUUGUAGCCGAGGAUGUGGACGGAGAAGCGCUGAGCACUCUGGUUCUGAACAGGCUGAAGGUUGGACUCCAGGUGGUCGCCGUCAAAGCUCCAGGUUUCGGGGACAACAGGAAGAACCAGCUGAAGGACAUGGCCGUCGCCACCGGCGGCACGGUGUUUGGCGAUGAGGCUCUCGGUCUGGCCCUGGAGGACAUCCAAGCUCACGACUUCGGCAGAGUGGGCGAAGUCCAGAUCACUAAAGACGACACCCUGCUACUGAAGGGCGGCGGCAGCCCCGCCGACGUCGAGAAGCGGGCGGCUGAGAUCGUAGAGCAGCUGGAGAACACCACCAGCGACUACGAGAAGGAGAAGCUCAACGAGAGGCUGGCGAAGCUGUCUGACGGCGUGGCCGUCCUCAAGGUGGGAGGAACCAGCGACGUUGAGGUGAACGAGAAGAAGGACCGAGUGACAGAUGCUCUGAACGCCACCCGGGCCGCUGUGGAGGAGGGCAUCGUUCCCGGCGGAGGAUGCGCUCUGCUGCGCUGCAUCCCCGCCCUGGACGCCCUGAAGACCGCCAACAGCGACCAGAAGAUCGGUGUGGACAUCAUCAGGCGGUCGCUGCGUAUCCCCGCCAUGACCAUCGCCAAGAACGCCGGCGUGGAGGGCUCCCUGGUGGUGGAGAAGAUCCUGCAGGGGGCGCCGGAGAUGGGCUAUGACGCCAUGCAGGGGGAGUACGUCAACAUGGUGGAGAAGGGCAUCAUCGACCCCACUAAGGUGGUACGGACCGCGCUGAUGGACGCCGCAGGAGUCGCCUCUCUUCUUUCCACCGCCGAGGCCGUCGUCACAGAGAUCCCUAAGGAGGAAAAAGAGAUGCCAGGAGGCAUGGGCGGCAUGGGGGGUAUGGGAGGAAUGGGAGGCGGCAUGGGCUUCUGAGCCGGGCCUCCUGACCCUGGAAAGACUGAAUCAUCAGAUUUGAGCUGGAGGACGGACCACGAUUCAUCCGGAGCGUCACAUGGUUUGAUGGCUCGGCGGACUGAGAGCUAACAGCCCAUCUGGUGCCCCAGAGUCCUCCUCCCUGUUCCACUGGCACCAAACUCGUCACGUCACAAGCUCAGAGGGAAACGCUAACAUGGGGUUCAUUAAACCGAAACUGCAGCUUUGUUUCAGCCUGCUGGCUGCGGCGUGCACAGAACCUUCUAGAUUCAGUUGACUGCGGAGGAGAACAUCAGACCUUCUGCUCCAAAGUUCAUUUGUUGGUCUGAACCAAACCGGUUUCCUCUGGCAGGCUGAAACAAACCAUUUAAUGGACCAUGGGGGAGGGGGGGGGGGCUUCUCUGUCAAUGCCUGGACUCUUAUUUUGUAGUUUUCUGCUAAUUUUUCAUGUUUUGUUUUGUAAUAUAAACGUCUGUCUUGAUUGAUCCGGAUUAAACCAGUUUUCUUACCGAC